GCAUCCAUUCACACUUGAAGAAAGAACAUGAUUCUUUCUUGAUUUCUUUUGUUUCAACAUGCAGUAAACAUCAGGCUUUGAAUCAGAAUAGAAAACACAAGAGCUUCAAAAGUAAGAGUUGAUAGAAGUGAUAAGUGACAACUCAAAUGAACAGAGCCAUUUAUUCCUUAAGUCCACAAGUGAAGCAAUAUUCACACCCUCUAAAUAAGAAAAGAAUAUAUGCAUGCAUGAUCAAUUGAGGAGGAAGCUGAAACGAUGAGCCGAAACAUGAACAAUUUUACGCCUUUGCCGCGGCUCCGGAGAACAGAUUCUAGAGCCUAUGAUGCUCCUCCUCACACUUCCAAUAAUCCUCAUGAAUUCAAUGAAGUUCCUGUGUUUUUCAGAUCUAUCACUCUUCUAGAGCCAAUGAUGAGAGGAAGAUCCACUCCACUUGUGGGAAGUCAGAAGAACUCCUACAGAACAUCACAGGAUACCAUAUUUUCCAGUACAACCCCACAAACUUAUAAUCACAAUGAGGAUAUGAGAAGAAGGGGUUUCAACCCCACAAGACAGAGAGAGGACCGUUCCUCAGACAUCAACUCCUUUCUAGGACCGUUCCAAAGUGUCUGGGAAGGUAGAGUCAUUCUAAUUGUGAGGAGGGAGAGAACCGUGAAAUUGACACGGUCUCAUCCCUUACUCCAAUGGGAUUCACACUAUGGGAGUUCCUUUUACUUGACCAACUUAUUUGGAUUUCCAUUACCAUCCCCCUAUUGAUUGGCAUUGUCUUCCAAUUAGUGGGUUGAUGCAGCACUGAAAGCGAGAAGUAGGCAUAACUGAAAUAUGUUUAUACUAAGGACGGAGGGAGUACUUGUUUUGAACCGAGGAAUUUCCACCGUACAUCAUUUGUGGGUUUAAUUGCUCCAAAUCCUCCUUAAAUAUCCAUCGAUAACCUCAAUUUUUGACCUCUAAAUGCAAUCUGGGGGGAUGCACAGCAUAACCUUCCAAUUUAAUAAUUCUCUGGGGAAAGCACCCACGUUGUCCACUUGUGAUAUACUCCAUAAAUGAUUCCCUAGGGAGAAAAAUUAGCAACAUGUGUUCUAAGUCAACAGUGACCAGAUCGUUUUCAAGAUGCAUGGGAGUAUUUGUACGUAGAGCGACAAUGUUGUUUACUUUGGAAAACCAACCCAAUAUGAGGUGACCUUUGUUCACCUAAAUUAGUUGGAUCAUCAUGUGCUACAAAAGUUAAGUAGCAAGCAACGCCUAUACAAUUGGUGUCAUCAAUAAUGGGUAAUGUAUUCAUGCUUAUUGAACUACCCACAUUUUGUUUGUUGAACCACAUUGGAUUUUGUGUUAUGGGAAUAACAAUAUCAUCAGUCCGACCCCUUAGGGGAUUGGAUUUCAUGCGCACCUGAUACCAGAUAAAUAAAUUAGUUAUGUAUUUUUUUAACUUAUAAUUAAUGUAUGUAUUUGUUAGUUUAAUCACAUAAAAAUAAAUAUAGACAAGAGGAAAAGGAUGGUGUAGGCACCUU